UCUGAACGUUUUGCAGUAGUUCAUCGUAGUUUCAACCCAAACCAUGAAGUGCUUGUGUUUCUUGUUAUUUCUGGUUAUAGAAGUGCUCGGUGAUCAGGAAACGUUUCUAGUUAAGAAUGCGAGAAUUAGGUACACCACCACCGACAGCACUUACCAAGUUAAAAGAGUGGAAAACUUGAGGUACUUCGAUGAUAAUGUCGUUAAUGGAACACACCUGAAAAUACUUCGUACUUCAGCACCUUUAGUGCCUACAAUUUACGAAGGCUCAUUUAGGAAUAUGAAGAAUCUCAGGAUGUUACAAUUACCAGCACUCGGUAUAACAACCAUUGAACCUUACGCUUUCAAAAAUCUAUCGAAUUUGGAUAGGAUACAACUUCAAGAUAACAACAUAACGGAAAUUGUCAAUAACGUAUUCAACUUCCUACCCAUCUCGCAGCUCUUCCUGCAUAGGAACAACAUCAAGUAUAUACAGACUGGAGCGUUUGACAGCAUGCCAAAUCUUCACACUAUCAAACUGAACAAAAAUGAGCUGAAGGAAUGGGAUGCCAACUGGUUUUCAAACACCCCCAAGCUCACUGACAUCUUCAUCAGAAGAAACCACAUACCUUAUCUGCAAGAAAACGCCUUCAAAAACAUAAGAAAACUGCAAGUGGGCCAUGAUGAUGAUGAGAAUUCCACCAGUAUCUACCUCAGCAAAAACAAAAUUUCUACAAUACACCCAUCUGCCCUAUCUGGUCUUGUGCGAUUGAAUAACUUCUAUUUGGACAGGAAUAAGUUGACUGAACUUCCUGAUACACUCUUCUUCAAGAUAGAGUCGAUAGUGAGUCUGAACCUAAAGAAGAACAAGAUAAAGAAUCUAUCGCCACACAUGUUCUCAACAACGAACUCCCUGAAAAUUCUGGACCUCACGAUGAAUGCCUUGAAUUGCAUUCCUGUAGAGAUCGCAACCAAAGCAAAACAGGUCAUCUUGAAAGACAACAAGAUCGACUGUAAUUGCACAGCUAUUUUGAAAGAAGCUGUAGCGAAAACAGGCAAAGAAAACGUGUUGAAAAUCGACAAUUGCAGAAGAGAUGAAAUGGAAGAGGAUGACGAGUAUGUAGAUGAGGAGGAUGAGGAUGAUGAAUUUGAUGAAGACGAAGAAGAAUGAAGGGAACUGAGAGUGAAGUGUGUUUCAGUGGAGUGAACGACAAUUCAUGUAGGUAAAGACUAGUCAUAUAAAAACUAAGGAUAUCAUAUUUUGUGAAUAUAUUUUUUGUCCAU